GUCCUGCAGAGGCGCGCGGCGUCAUCCGAGCGUCACGUAGUUGCGUCGUCUGUUGGUUUCUUCUCACCGACUUGAAGAGAAUUCAACGUCGCCAAGAAGAAAAAGGGGAUAAAGAAGAGGGGAACAGAAACAUCUGGUACCCAAACUCAGCUGCCUCAGGAGCAGUGAAGUGUCUUCAUGGCAGUUCGUCGAGGACACAAUAAAUACUUAAAAGCUGACCUACAGGAGGCGUAUGAGAUGUCUAACGGUUAUGAAGACCACAUGGGAGGGGACGAGGGGAAGGAUGCCAAGACUAACUUGAUAGUGAACUACCUGCCUCAGAGUAUGACGCAGGAUGAACUGAGGAGCCUCUUCAACAGUAUCGGAGAGGUGGACUCUGCCAAGCUGGUUCGGGACAAAGUUGCAGGCCACAGUUUAGGGUACGGAUUUGUUAACUAUCUUAACCCUAGUGAUGCAGAAAGAGCUAUCAGUACUCUGAAUGGACUAAGGCUACAGUCCAAAACUAUCAAGGUGUCAUUUGCACGACCGAGCUCGGACACAAUAAAGGAUGCCAACCUGUACAUCAGCGGUCUGCCCAAGUCCAUGUCGCAGAAGGAUGUGGAAGACAUGUUUUCACGUUAUGGGCGCAUCAUUAAUUCUCGGGUAUUGAUUGAUCAGUCUACAGGUAUGACAGGUGUGUCUCGUGGUGUGGCUUUUAUUCGGUUCGACAAGCGAGCAGAAGCAGAGGAGGCUGUGAAAAACCUGAAUGGCCAGACGCCACCAGGAGUCACUGAACCCAUCACGGUGAAGUUUGCUGCUAAUCCAAACCAGGUGAAGAACACGCAGCUCAUCUCUCAGCUGUACCACAACCAGUCCCGACGCUUUGGAGGGCCCUUACACCACCAGGCUCAGCGCUUCAGGUUUUCCCCCAUGGGUGUUGACCACAUGGGCAACAUGGGGGGUGUGAACAUGCCCGGGAACUCCUCCUCCGGCUGGUGCAUCUUCAUUUACAACCUGGGCCAAGAUGCAGACGAGAGCAUCCUGUGGCAGAUGUUUGGCCCUUUUGGUGCCGUCACCAACGUCAAGGUGAUCCGAGACUUCAACACCAACAAAUGCAAGGGCUUCGGCUUCGUUACCAUGACGAACUACGAGGAGGCGGCGAUGGCCAUCACCAGCCUGAACGGGUACCGGCUUGGGGAUAAGAUGCUGCAAGUGUCCUUUAAGACCAGUAAGGGCCACAAGUAGACGGAGCAGGACAGUUUGAUGUGGAGGCAUGCAGAAAAUGACGUGUGAUGGCGAAGUCAGACACAUCAAUAUUUGUUUUAUUGUAUUCAAAGUAAGAAAAGUUCAGUCCUCUGCACCUUUUGUACUUGUCUAGUGUCUAUUUUUUUUUUUUUUUGUUAUCCACAUCUUUUUUUUUACUUUAGACUUGAUGUUGCUUAAUAACAUUUUUUGAGAGUGGAAAUGGAGUCCCCCCCCCACCCCCAAUUUACCUUUUGAAAAUGUUCUCAGAAGCUGUCUAGGUGUGUUGCAUCAAAGGUUUGGUGUUAGAACAACACGAGAAACAAAGAACUCACAGGGCACUUAAACAGUAACAAAAACAUAGAAAAACCCUAAAUGAUCAUUAAACAUUUUGGCGAGUAAUUUAGUUUAGAAAAAGCAUUCUCUGGCUUGGAUCUGUCACUUGUAGGAAAAGUUCCCAUAAGUUAUUUAGUGCUCAAAAUUUUUAUAGAAUCUUCCAGAAUUUGAUGUAUAGGAUCAAAGCACUUUUGACCUGAUAGUGUGACGUUGCUCUGAAUAUUCUUCUUGUAGACCCUUUUGCAGCCCUGUUCGAAAUGUUUUUUAUAAUGUGUUGCAUUACUGAAGAGUCUUGUUGAAGACAAUUUAAAAAGAAAAGAAAAGCCAAUGAAGACACACAAUGUUUAGAUGGACCAAAGGCAGGGACAAUUUUCAUCUUUUUAAUACUAGAUUUUCAAAUCUAAGUUUGACCAUUUUGGAAGAAGAUUUUUCAGUUGGUACUGACUUUGUAUUUAAUGCUCACUGAGAGCCUCAUCCCUGUUUUCUCCUUUUGAUUAUAUUGUUUUUGUUGUUUUUAAUUUAAUUUACUUAGUAAAAGUUUUUGUUUCAGUUUCCAACUUUGUCUAAAGGAGUGCUUAUCUCAGCUUCAGAGAGAAACUAAUGGCCUUUGCUCUUGAGUUUAGAUUUUCUUUCAUUUUGUUUUGAUUGUUUCACUUUGAACAUAAACCAUUAAAUUUUAUUUCAUUUUGCUGAGUUUUGUUUGGUUUGUUUCUUUGCUUUUUCUCUUUUUCCCCCCCCCCAUUUCUUAUACAUUUUUAUUUGAUAUAUGGUUUUGAACUUAUUUUAUUAUUUUUUUGUUUUUAUUGUUUUUCAAAGUAGGGAAAUUUCCAGUACCAUUAGGAAAUUUUAGAUAAUCCAAAAUCAGUCUGCCGCAAAAUGCAUUAUCAGUCAUACAGAGAUGGGCUUAAACUUGAGCUAUUUUAAAAUGGGCCAAAGCAGAUUUAUUUAGUUCACAAUAAAAGUCUAAUUUGAUUUUACGAUUGUGCUCAUCGGACAUAUAACCCUUCAUAAAUAAAAGCUGGAUUUUAGUUCAACUUAUGACGCACAUUGAGUCGUCUAUCAAUAUAUCAGUUCACCCAAUUUAGAAUAGGUAUACACUAUCACCCUAGUAAUGUACCUUUUAUUUUACGAAUUGAUUUUUAAGUGUUUUUCAUUUAGAGCAAGAGCAGAUCUGUAAUAUCACAGAUCUUUAAGGGGUUGUUAAAUCGAAAGAGGCGUUCGCUCUUAUCACUUCAGAGUAAUUUGACUCAAUCCUGCAAUAAUCCAUCUGAGACUUCAUUAAUCCUUGUUUAAAACAAGUGUCCCAUUUUUUUUAAGUAUUACAAGCUUCUAUAUUCAGUCUUACAAGUGCAUUUUAAGUUGAUUUUCAUACAUUUGUCAGUCCUUAACUUUGUGCAAUAUUUUAAAACUAUUAAGCAAGUGAUGGUCAUGGACUUUCAUCUCGCUUUCGUUUUUUUCUACUGACAUGUUUCUGCUUGUAUUUUUUUUUAUUUGGACAGUCUCGGUGGAAGUGUAUGAAAUAUUGAAGCCAGUUUGUUCGAGGCAGACAAGAUCAGCUGUGGCCUGCCUUAAUUUAUAUAUGGAACCAGUGUCAUUUACAGGAAGUGGCAUUUAUUUAUUUGACUGUACGCUGUCAUACUUGAUACUUAUUCUAGUGUUUUUAAUGGUUUAUGGAGUUGUAUUUUUUAAUGUGUUAACACCAAGUUUAGAUCCAUUACCAAUUUCAUUUCAUUGAAAUGUGUAGAAAUUUCAGAAUGGAAAAAAAUUAAAUGUCUUCAGAAGCUUA